UUCAGUUAUUUCUAAGUACAAAGCAGCUCAUGUUUAAAUUUAGGUUCGUCGGAUUAGCGGGCACUUUCUGUGCGAAUGGCAAGUCGACGCAGACAAGAAGAAGACGAAUUCGACGAUGCCCAGUGAAUGGCAGGGGUGAAUAGUCGCUGUUUUUUAUAUAUAUAUAUAUAUAGAACACAUAUUUCGGCUGAUAAGAACAGGCUGGGCCGCUUAUCAGUAAUGCACAACAAGAAGUACACACGGAUGAACGAGAUGUGAGAAGCGAAAGCGGACGAAAAUAGAAUCAAACGGCGAUAAAUUUACAGCGAAGGCGAUUUUAUAUACAUAACCGAUGUGCCGGAGACGAACAGAGUAAUAAUCAGUUAAUUUGCCAGCCCGCCAGAGAGCGGACGUGAAAAUGAUCAUCGGGAUCGGAUAGCGGGAUAGUUAGUAGUGAUCGUAACUCAGGAUAGUGUGCUAAACACUAACCUCAACCUAUGUUUUGUGCUUUGUCGAGUGUGGAACGAACACGCAGUUAUUUUGUUGUUUGUGAAAAAGCAUUCGAAAGUGGCCAACUGAAGAAAGAGCCAUCGAUUCUUUGCAUUUGGUUACUUUUAUAGCGUAGUAUUUUUCCUAAACGAUUUUCUUAACGAAUACGAAAUAAACUGAACACAGUACUCUAAAUGUGCGUUGUUUGUCUUCGGUAGUGCCCAGCAUGUUGAAGUCGAAGCAGUUGCUCCAACAGUUUUCCAAAGAGUACGCUAAGUAUACGCCGACCAAAUUCAAGCUUAAGCGGGCUCUGGUCGUCACCAAGCUGUCCCGCUAUGAGUUCGAGCAGCUGCGCCACCCGGAACUGUCUCCGGAUCAGCUCCAGCAAAAGCUCCGUGACCGGGGCACCGACGUGGAGAUGGUCCUGCAUCUGCACAAGGUGCACAAGGAUUUCGAGCGGCGGGUCGUGCAGAGCUUCCAGGACGUUGGCUGCGAGGUGAAGUUGUCCAGCAGACUUGAAUUUAGAAGCUCGUUGAGCAAGGACGUCAUGAGCUGGGCGGACGUCAUCGUGCCGGUGGGCGGCGAUGGCACUUUCCUUCUCUCCGCCGGACGCGCCAGUCCGCUCUUCGCGCUCAGCCAGCAGAAGACGCCGAUCGUGGGCUUCAACUCGGAUCCGCUUCACUCGGAGGGCCGACUCAUGCUGCCCAAGCACUACUCGGACAAUCCGGCCGACGCCGUUUCCCGCAUUAAGAGCGGCGAUUUCAAGUGGAUGCAUCGCUCGAGGGUGCGGACAACGAUGCUUGGUAGCAACGGCAAUAUUCCGGAGCCGACUGACCUUUUCCGGCACACGGAGGUCAAGAUGGAGCAGGUCAGCACCGCACCCGAAGUGCUGGACCAGGACAUGGCCGACAAGUACAAGGCCAAGAUGAAACGUGUGCUUCCUUACUUGGCUUUGAACGAGGUAUUUAUUGGCGAGCAUCUAUCGGCCCGAGUGUCCCACUUGCAACUGGUGCUGGACCACCAGGACGUAGUGAACAAGACCAAAUGCUCCGGACUGUGCGUCAGCACGGGCACGGGCUCAACAUCCUGGCACACCAGCAUCAAUCGCAUCACAAGCCGGGAUGUGGAUGACCUUUUGCGCUCCCUGCCCAACGGCAAUUCAAAGAACGUGAUGAUGCUGCGCCAAAAUGCAGAGGAGAUCGCCCAGAGGUACAACCAGGGCCUGCUCUUUGCGCCAGACGAUCCGCGCCUCUGCUAUUCUAUACGGGAGCAAAUUUGCGUGGGCGUGUGGCCUUCGCCAAAGUCUUUUAAGGAGCGCGAUUUUGUGCAGACCGUGUUUGUCAAGUCGCAUUGCAUCGAUGCCAACCUGGUUAUAGAUGGCAGCAUUUCGUUCCCCUUCAACGAUGGCGCCAAGGCUUUGCUAGAGGUUCACCCAGAGGAUGCCCUUCUAACAAUCGCUUUAGACUGAAUCCAGUGAUGCGCCCCUAGUGCCUGGUCAUCUAGCUCUAGCAUGUCUGAAUUUUUGAAAUUAUUUAAGUAAGCAUUUUGCUACUUAGCAGUGUAAGCUCAAAAGUUAUUUUGUUAUUUUAAAAAGUAUAUUUAAACAUCA